AGGCAACCCACGAAACACCUCUCUCUCUCUCUCUCUCUCUCUCUUAACAUUUCCAUGGAAUGACUGAAGCUCGAGCUCCAGAGGUCCCCCCCCUACUUCCGCCAAAUCCGUUUCGCGUCUCCACUAAAUUUCCCGCCGAAUCCCGCCGCCCCCUCCCGGAGAGUUCGGUUCCAUGGAGGACCUGAAGGCCGCCCUCCGCGACCGGUGCCUCACCGUCGCCUCCCUUCCGGAGAAAGGCCGCUCCCUCCUCGCCGCCACAGACUUCCACCCAGGGCAAGUGAUUCUCAGCCAAGAGCCGUAUGUCUUCGCGCCCAACGCGGCCGAGCCGAGGUGCGACGGCUGCUUCGCCACCUCGGCUCGGCUUAGGAAAUGCUCGGCUUGUCAGGCGGUGUGGUACUGCGGGAGCUCUUGUCAGAAAUCAGAGUGGAAGAUGCAUCGGCUUGAAUGCAUGGCUCUAGCGAGGCUUGAUAAGGAAAAGAGGAAAUCUGUCACCCCUUCCAUACGUUUGAUGAUUAAGCUCUACAUACGAAGAAAGCUGCAAGAUGAGAAGAUCAUUUCAACUACUGCAAUGGACAAUUAUAGUCUGGUGGAUGCAUUGGUGUCUCACAUGUCGGAAAUUAAUGAGAAGCAGCUGGUGCUAUAUGCCCAAAUGGCUAACCUCAUUAAUAUAAUACUCCAGUGGCCCGAGAUCAACAUCAAAGAAGUUGCAGAGAACUUUUCCAAGCUUUCAUGUAAUGCACAUACAAUCUGUGACAGUGAGCUAAGACCGCUAGGAACUGGACUCUAUCCUGUCAUCUCUAUAAUCAAUCACAGCUGUUUGCCAAAUGCAGUAUUGCUCUUCGAGGGAAGGACGGCUGUGGUUCGUGCUGUACAACAUAUACCGCAAGGUUCGGAGGUCUUGAUAAGCUAUAUAGAAACUGCUGGAAGCACUACAACUAGACUGAAGUCUCUUAGAGAACAAUACCACUUUGCUUGCGCAUGCCCUCGCUGUGCGAAAUUGGGGCAACCUGAUGAUAUCAAAGAAAGUGCAAUUUUGGAAGGCUACAGAUGUGAAGAUGACAGAUGCUCUGGUUUCCUGCUCCGUGACUCUGAGAAACAAGGAUUUGUGUGCCAACAGUGUGGAUGUGUAAGAAACAAAGAAGAGAUAAGAGACAUUGCUAGUGAAAUUAAAUUGAUGUCAGAGAGGACAUCAUCGUCUACAUCCCCUGGUCAUAAAGAAGCUGUUUCCAUCUAUAAGAUGAUUGAGAAUCUCCAAGGGAAACUAUAUCAUCCUUCUUCAAUCAUCUUGUUGCAAACCCGAGAAAAGAUAUUGAAGAUCUUGAUGGAUCUAGAAGAUUGGAAGGAAGCUCUGGUGUACUGCAAGCUAACUAUUCCAGUUUAUGAAAGAGUCUAUCCAGGGUACCAUCCUUUGCUUGGGUUACAAUAUUAUACCAGCGGAAAACUUGAAUGGUUACUUGGCGACACAGUAAAUGCUAUCAAAUCACUGACCAAGGCAAUUGACAUACUAGGGGUUACUCACGGGAUGAAUACAGAGUUUGUGAGAGAACUCGUGAUGAAACUGGAAGAAGCACGUGCUGAAGCUUCUCACAACCUUUCAUGUGCAGAUGAAUAGCACGCUGGUACUCGUGUGAAGCACUUACAAAGGCCGGUGUACCAUAUGGAAGUUGCCCAUUUUGAAAGUUUUCUUCAUUGCUUGUGACAUUCAUGGUUUAGUAAAUGGAGACAUUCUAUUCUGAAGUCUACCUCCCGAACGUUUUCGGAUCUGCUUGCGAGUCUAACUGUAGACCGUGCAUAUUGCAAAGUGAUUCAACUUGAACCGUCGGGCAGGUCUAUUCAGCCUCUCUCUCUGUCCAAACACGGUGAGGACGGCCUCCAUUUCAGAGAGGAAAUUUUUUACCUGUUGAUCAAAGCAAAAGGAGAGAAACUUGAUGAACAAUGAGGUGAGUGACAGGGAACUUUCAGGUCCUGUUUGUUUUAUACAUAGGAACUGGACUUGAAUC